GGUCGCGCGACUUCGGCAACGCAGCUUUCGGAGGUUUCAGCCGCACGCCGCGUCGCGCAGCUUUUUAAAAACGCGACGUUGUUGGCGAAAAAGGGCGACGAGGACGAGUCGGCGUUUCGCUUAAGAAAUAACCCUUGGAACACCAAUAAAUAAAAAAUUAUAUAUAUUAUAUAUUUCAGCGAAUCAUUUGUUCUCUCCAGUCUGUUGGAUUUAGCAGCUCACUUAAGCGUGGACUUGCUUGGCACACGAGUGGAGCGCUGGAGGGAUCAAGAAGAGGGGGCGAUGCUUGAGAAAAUUUGAUCAGUGUCUUAGCGCGCUGGGGGGUCCAUAGCUAUAGCGUCCCGAGUGCGGGCGGCCCGUGGAUCCGCAGCUUCAUGGAGCUCUGUGGACACGCGAGAAGCGAGCGGACUUUCUUCUCUUCAUAACUUCACCAUCAUCAUCAUCACCAUCAUCCAUCAUCAUCAUCUUCUUCAACCCCUUCUCGGCGGAGGGAGGGUUGGAUGUGUGCUGGACAUUUUUUAAAGAGGAACACCGUUCUCCAUAAAGUGGGUCAGCGGAGCAGCUUGGCCACCCAAAAAAAGAGACUUUGACGUUUGAUCGGCUGUGACUAAAUAAAAUCCAUCAACAGCCCCGACGAGCACGGACUGAGCGCGAUCUGCUGGGUCCUGGAUGUGGACUCCCUCGCCCGGGUCAGAACCGCGCGCGAACUUAUGCCACUUUUCCAGUCACAUUAAUUAAUGCCACACGUUGUUGCGCGACGGAUCCUUUUUUAACGCAGCGGUGCGUUCUGAGAGCUCGCUCUGAAAUACCGACUGACGGACCGGAGCGCCCCCCCCUCCCCCCCUCCCCGACCUCACACCUGUGUGAAACGGGAGAUACAAACGCGCACGGGGGGACAGAGACGUGUGCGGGAUUCUGCGUGGAGGAGCGGUGUGCGGGGGGUUUCUACCGCAUGCGUGCCCGCGCGCGAGCUCGCUCGCUGGCGCACCGCGUGACAGUCUGCGCUGGGCGCCGCUGAUUUUUGGGUCGGAAAAGGAUCGGGAUUUACACACUGUCUGUCAUCCGGCCGCCACCCUGAGACAUUCCGGAAUCGGAGGAUACUCGGGCGCCCUGAGAUACUGCGGAAUCCCGAGACAGAUCUCCUCCUCCUCGCCGAUCGGUGUCUUCCCUCACCAGGGCGACCAUGGCGGGGUCGGGCUGCUGGUGGAGGUACUACCUCUGGAUUCUCACGCUCAGCUGCAGGUCGGCGCUGCCGGCUGCUAAGUCCCUGGAAUCGGUCAUAUGGAACUCGCAGAACGCCAAGUUCCAGCCAGGGAAGGGUCUAGUGAUUUACCCUGAAAUCGGGGAUAAGCUCGACAUCAUUUGCCCCAGGGCUGAUGUUGGGCGACCGUAUGAGUACUACAAACUUUACCUGGUGAAGAAACACCAGGUGGACUCCUGCAGCACCGUGUUGGACCCUAAUGUGCUGGUCAAUUGCAACAAGCCGGAAAAGGACAUCAAGUUCACCAUCAAGUUCCAAGAAUUCAGCCCUAAUUACAUGGGCCUGGAGUUUAAAAAGAACGUUGACUACUACAUUACGUCCACAUCCAACGGGACUCUAGAAGGGCUGGAGAAUCGCGAAGGGGGGGUUUGCAGCACCCGCUCCAUGAAGAUCAUCAUGAAAGUCGGACAAGACCCCAACACGGUCAUCCCGGGCCCAGUAAUUACAGACAAGCCCAGCAAAGAGCAGGAGAAUGCGGCCAAGUUCUCCACCACAAGUCCCACCAGGAAGAAGGACAGGGACUCGGCGUCUGAGCAAGACCACAAAGAUGAAUACAACCAGGAGAACAAGUCCAACCCAGCCGAGGGAAUCUUCAGCUCCAAACCUGCUCUUUUCGCUGCCAUCGGGGCGGGCUGUGUCAUCUUCCUCCUCAUCAUCAUCGUCUUGAUCAUCUUGCUGAUCAAGAUCCGGAAAAGGGCUCGGAAGCACACGCAGCAGCGUACGGCCGCCCUUUCGCUCAGCACGCUGGCCAGCCCCAAGUGCUCGGGCAACGCCGGCUCGGAGCCCAGCGACAUCAUCAUCCCGUUACGGACUACAGAGAACAACUACUGCCCGCACUAUGAGAAGGUGAGCGGGGACUACGGCCACCCGGUCUACAUAGUCCAGGAGAUGCCCCCGCAGAGCCCUGCCAACAUCUACUACAAAGUCUGAGGAUGAUGAGCAAUGGGACACUUUGCUGUUAGAGAACUCUGGCCUACCCUUUACUACCUAGACCUUCUGAUAUGGACAGAUGCGUUUGAUGUUUAAGACAGCAACCCGAGAAGAAGGGAGAGAUAGGCAAAGAAUUUAAAGAUGAAAAGGAAGGUCUAGACGGAUACAGUAGUCAAGACAUUUUUGUUUUACCCUGUAGGCCGGAGACAGGCUGUUUGUGCCUCCGUAUCCUAUUCUCCUCCUUUUCCUCACUAAAAUAUAUCAUCUAAGUUUUUUUUUUUUUUUUUGGCUGUUCUAUGUAUCCAAAAGGAAGAGAUGGGAUUCCGGAAUGGUUAAGCCUUUGAAACUAAGUAGCCUUCGUUGAUGCCCAUAUGGAGACUAGAUGUGUGAAACAGGGUAUUUUGAAAGAAUAAUACCCUGCAAUAAAUGGGCUGUCUGUAAUGGACUUCAUAACUGAGGUGAAGCCUUCAGGUUGCUCAGGGAACGGGGCGCAGCACGAUGAUACCAUUUCUUUCGCAUCGCAAUGUUUACCUUUACUACGUUUCACCUUGUGCUCCUUCUACACGAUUGCUUGCUUGUUUAGCAUCUUUUUUUGGUUUUAUUAUCUUUAGUUAAUCUAUAUAAUGGUAAAUAUUUAAUUUCUCCAUGUCAGCAGUGCUUUUUUGUUUCCCCCAGUAGUGCAGCAUCCUUGCUCAUAACAAGUCUGGAGAUUACCCAUGUGUAUCGAGAAAUGAAUGCACUUAACAGACGGUCAGAUCGUUUGGUCAGUACAUGCUCUGUGUGCUGCUGCGGACAAUUCCUGGGCUUUUAUAAACAUGUCUGUCUAGGGAAUUUGUUACCAGGUCUGCAGUGUGCUCACUGCUUCCUCAAGAUGAAUUAAUAAAAGGCAAACUGUUCUUA